AUGCAGCAAGAAUCAACACGGGCUAAGUUACGUCCUUUCGUGGAAAAGCCUGGAGUUACUGACGAGGAAUUAAUGGAACGAGUUAAUGUUGCUGUGUCGGCAGAAACGGAGCGACAAAACAAGAUGGCUGGAGUCAAGAAAGGUGCUCAAGUUAAUGAAGUG